CCACAUUGGCACGACGUCCACCAGGCGAUCCUUGUGGGAUCGUUGCAUUGAGUGCACAGUUGGGCACAGUUAAGGUCAAGUCAGGUCAUCAACGAUACGAUUCCGUUCUCUCGUCCAAAGAAGCUUAGAGUCGCGACUCAGGGCGGUCCAAGCACCACGCAGUGGCAGACCAUUUUGCGGCUCCAGAAGCAGCAAACCAUUGGUCAUGAGCUGGGUUGCUCGGACUCGGCCUUGGAUGUUAAGUAGCUUGAUGCUUUGCAGCUCAGCUAUUGCUUGUUUUGCAUGAGCGAUCACUGAGUGGAUGAACUUGACACGACUUCCGCCGAAUCAAGAUUUCAAACAACACAACUCGAUACCAGCAUCUCCUGGAAGCCUUGGCGGGAGCCUUUCAACUUACCAUUGGAGGUUUCCGCGUUGCAAUUGCAUUUCUUUGCCAGGAUAUAAAUUUUGGUAAGCAAUGCUGCGUCAAGGUCUGCGACCUUCAGCAGUUUCCUCUAUCGACUUUAGUGUAAGGCGCCUAGUGGGCUAUUGUUCACUAUUCUCUUUGUUCUCCUAGGUACGAUGAUGACUAUGUCUCCUCUCAAGGCGAUGCGCCCUUCUUCUUUUCAAGGCAGCCAUGAGUUCAAGGUACCUUGAGCCGUUGGUACCUUACUUAAGUGCUCACCUUCCAGGUCCAGGCAUUUGACUACCAAAGUGGUAGGCACCUCACCUUGAGUCACCUGACAUCGCCCCAACCAUCAAGCAAUGACGUCGUCACGUAAGGUUUCGCCUGCCAGAUGGGAAACCACACAUUGUGCCACGUUUGCUUCAUGACUCCGAGCCGACUUCAGACACAUCUCACUGAGAACGCUCGCGAUCUCGCCCAUUUCAACUAAAACCCUCCAACAGCCUUGACAUUUCCACUGUUCGCAGGCGCCCAAACCCCACAGCUUAGUCCCCCCUCUCAUACCUUGGCCAAGAGCAUCAUCAUCAACUAUGCCUGCCAUUCCCAUCUUCAAGGACACUCCGAUCAACGCCUCCAAGGCAUCGGGAGCCACUCCGCAAACCGAGGAACCACAAGCCAAGGACCAUUCCAAUAACGCCGAAUUAUCGCAAAGCCAAGUCGGCGCACCCGCACCAUCAUCGACCCGCCAGCAGCCAUACCCGCCGGCACAGCCUGGUGCCGCCCCGUCUCUCCCUGUCCAGACAGCUUCCGCACAAGCAUAUCCUGUUCCGCGCCCAACUCCCACUCAGAAGACGAAUGAUGUCAGUCCUCCGCCGCCCCAGCCAGGCGCUGCCCCCGUGCCGGUAGCGGGCACGUCGACUCUGCCUCCUCCGCCGAAGGCAGGCCAGACCUACCAGCCUCCAGCCCCAACGCCCGCCACUACGGCCACCGUUUCUUACCCUCCACAAAUGGGUAUCCCUCCUCCAACCAUGUCACACGCGGCGUUGCGAGGAUCUUCCACGCCUACUACUAAUGGACCUCAGAUGACUGGGCCGCGACCUGUCCCACUAGGAGGCGAUCCUCCACUCAGCCUUGAACACCCUCCAGGAUAUCAGCAAGACGUUAGUGCGUCUGAAUUCAGUAGCCAUCAAAGAGCUGCUCACCAAGCUGCGGUAGCAUCAUCGGCAGAGAAAGGCUAUCAAAGUCAGCCGGAAGAAGGAGUAUGGGACACUGCGAAGAAAUGGGCGCAAGCUGCUGGUGGCAGUUUGGCUGCGGCUGAGCAAGAAGUCUGGCGAAGAAUCAACAAAGACUAGCACAGUCAGGCACGACUUUUCCGUGUCACCGUAUCAAUCAACUUCACACUACUAAAUACCAAGCCCAUCACUUUGAGCUCUAGCUUUGAAUGGACACCUUUGUGAACUCAAUGAGGAUCGAUUCGAAGCCUUGUCAUCGGCUGUUCUGCUCCAUCUUGGCCGGGUACAGCUGGCGAUAUGUUGUCAGUCUCCAACCGUAGGCAUUAGGCGCCUAGCUCUUUAGGCCCCUCACCCUUACUCACCUAUUUCCCAGGUUGAUCCAUUCUAACACCUCGCACCAGUCGACUAACUAGCGCAGGCUUUUUCGGCUUCGCGAUUCUACCUUUGUCUCUCUGAUCACUUCUCGCGGUUCUGCCUUCGUUGCAGUUGCUUUCUUUUUGAGAAACCGAGACUUGCCCGGGUCACAAUAUGGCAGCAGCGCGCCCAAGAUCGAAGGCCAACACGGUCUAUGUCACUUCCAACCUUCUAUUUCCGUCGUUGCCAUGGUUGGUGCUAAACUUACACUAACGUCGGCCGGAACUCCUACCUUGUGCAGCCCGUCAUUUCCUAGCCGUCCCGUCAGAGAGC